ACUCCAUCAUCGCGUCGACGUCGGUGAGCUCGAACCGCCGGAGCGUGACCGCGGGCACGGACCCCCUGUCUGUUGGGCAGGCGCUUCUUGCUCCAUCUCUGAUCCUCUGUAGGAAUACGGCAGCCACGUCCCCUCCCGUUCAGUCGACCUGACCACGAAUAGAUUCUCCGUCCUACUUCGAUUGGGACGACCGUAUCGGAAAGCACCACCACGCCUCGCUGCCGUCCUCUAUUCUAUAUGAGCCUAUGCCCUAGCUCGAUUUGCCAGUUCCCUCCGGCGACCAUCACCUUCCGAGACCGAUGGCUUCGGAGAGGCCUCCUAGCCGCUAUCGCCGGCUUCGGAAGGCCUUCGAUCUGUCUGCCGUCACCGCUGCCUCCCCGGACUCCAAACCAGCCAAACGGAUGCGUACAACCGAGAAAUCCACCAUUUAUGAGGACAGAAUCAGUAGCUUACCUGAAGAGAUACUACUCAUGAUCCUUGACAAGCUGGAUGCACGCUCAACAAUGACAACCACCAUCCUUUCAAAGCGAUGGCGUGAUCUUCCUCGACGUCUGCCGACAUCCUAUAACAUCGCUGUUGAUGACAUCCUCCCACCACGCUAUCACCGCCUGAAACGCCUUAACAUGGAGGCUAUGGCAGCAUACGAGGCAGAGAAGAACAUGCACAAGCUGACUGACAUCUAUGCCAUAAAGGCUCGGCAUGAGCGUUGGAUGGCCAAAAUCAGGCCUUUCACAGCCAUCCUGGAACGCUACGAGCGUCGGGCCAUGAGGCGCUACGUCAAGCAGGUGAACGCAUUCCUUUUGGCCCCAAAGAAUGUGCGUCAGCGCCGGCCUGUCCACAAGCUCAGGCUACAAAUGCUGGGGCGUUGGCAUGAAAACAUUGAUGAAUGGGUCACUGCAGCCAUUGCCAAGUGGGGCGUUGAGGACUUUGAGCUUGUUAUUGAUGGCGAUUGUGGGGGCUAUAACCUCAAGCAGCUGGAUGGAUACCGGAACGUUCGUCUGGAGCGGCUUACGCUAUCCAACUGCCAGCCUAUUUGUUCAUGGAACUGCCUGACGGUGCAGAGGCUCACUAAGCUCACAUUGGGUGCAGGUUCAUAUAUGGGAAUGAUCAGUGAAAUUCUUAGAAACUGCAUAGAGCUAAGGGAUUUCAGUAUCACAUCUUCUCGUGUUUGCCAGGCUGCUUUACGUUUCUUUGUGCCAACAUCGAAGAUAAAGAGUCUGCAAGUGGAUAGGUGUUGCUUCGGGAAAAUAUAUCUGAUGUCUCUGCCUUGUCUUGAGACUUUUGUUUGCCGUGGUCGCCCAACCAAGUUAUCCUAUGGUGAGGUGCCUCGCCUUAGGCAUGUGAGCUUGGACUACUUACAGACUGAAGAUAAUGACAUCGACGAUGGAUCUGGUACUAGUAGGACGUAUCCACCGAGCAAAUUCUUCAAAAGGAUCCCACCACUAGAUUUCCUUGUUCUGCAGUUCAAAGGCCCCCGGAUGUGGAUCGAACCUUUUGUUGUUCCUGGUGGUCAGCUCAAAAAACUGUUCAUCGCAAAUGUCCCAGUGAACUGGGACGUACUAUGGAUUCUCCUACUGCUUGGUGCAGCACCAGCCUUGGAAUCGUUCCAUGUUCAUAUUGACAACAACUCGGAGCAGCGAAGCUCAGGUGAUCUCUGUGACAGUCUGGACGCCAAUGCGCAUCAGCAUCAGAACUGUCGCCUGAAAGACCUCGUUGUGGCAGGCUUUGAAGGGUUGGGGUGGCAAACAAGCUUUGUCAGGCUGAUCAUGAAGAGGGCGCCGUUGCUGAGGCACGUGCAUCUGCUCGACGGCGAGGUCAGGGAUGACGAGCAGGAGCUUGGGGCGCUGCAGAUUGUGCCACGCCGCAGGGUGUGGCACGAGUGUGAGCGAGCUGAGGUGCUAGAUGACCUAACCGCUGGGUUUCGCUUCCCGCCUCGAAUAAUUCUGGAAUGAGCUGCAUAGCUUCUUGUUUAAAUAACAUCAUUCUAUGCCUUGUUAAACCGGUUUAUAUUAUUGAAAAAAAGAAUGUAGAGUUAUAAGUGUGCCUUUUUUAUUUGUAAUAAGGAUUAUACGUGUGCCUUGUCACCUUGUUAAAUCGGUUUAAAUUAUAUAUAAAAAAAAAUGUAGAGUUA